UAGAAAAUAUAUAAAACUCACAGAGCCAUGCUCUUUGGAGUUUGUCACUGAAGGUAAGUCUAUAAAUUAAGCUAUAUUAUACGGUAAAUGCACAAAGUACUUUGAUGUCUUAAUGAUAAUAUUUUGGUGGGUAGUAAUGAAGUUAUUGAUUUACAGCAAAAAAAGCAUUUGCCAUUCGAGAACAGACACCUGUUAAGGUAACAGAUGACACCUCUACAGAAGUGGACAAGGAUGUAUUUCCUGAACUUGUUGCUGAAAGGGGCAUGUGCUUUAGUUUACAUACUAAUAAUGGUAAUUAUGUUUAUACUUUUCUGGUCUUAUUUUUAAAUUGUGGUGAUGUUUACAUUUUUGUUAGUAAUAUUUGUAUAUACUUUAUACAGAUUCCACUUCUGCACAUGAGUUGUCCCCUCUUCUGACUGAUGGGAACUCUGUCAGCAAGAUUUCAACCUUUACUAAAUGCAAUGAAGGCAACAAAACGUUUGCAUUACAUUCCAAAAGACCCAGGUUGGAUGAUUCCGAGCUUGCAAAAGAGGUUGGUAAGAGAAGGGAUUUAACCCAGCUUAAUAAAAAUGUUCACCAGUUUAUAAAAAUAAAUAAAAGCUUUUCAAUAGAUUGUGUACAUUUUGGUGUUGUCUGUUUAGACCAUUGAAGACAUCCUGAAGUGCAAACCUGGUGGCGUAGAAGUAAUGCAGCACUAUAAAGACACUGGUAAUCUCUCAACCUCCAAAAGAAAGGAGAUGAUUAAUAUAUUGGUUGCACACAUGACUGAACAAGAAGGGUAAGCUUUGAUCAUUUAAUGUGUUAAGAUCACUGUACCUACAACUUAUUCAAAUGUGACCCUGCCUGUGAAAUACUAUUAAAUAUUUAAUACAAUUUAUUAAUAAAUAAAUAAAUCAUCUAGUUGCUUAACUCGUGUUUUCUAAAGUGAUCCAACAUUACUUUUACGCCAAGUGUACCAAGAAAGGUUUUUAUAGAUGCUAUUGUUUUUACCCCCAGUAAACAGGAGGUUUUGGUUUCAUGGUGUGUUGUUUAUUAUUGCAGAAGGAUACCGCUUAAGGCCACAAGAGAGAUGUAUGCCCUUGGCAUUAUUACUCUCUUUCCAAACCUAAAAGAUCCUGAAGGGAAGACAGGCUAUCUAAGUAUAUCUGCUUGUUGUUUAAGAUGUUUGAAACUUAAAAUCGUAGCUUUUUUAAUUAAUUCAUUUUACCCAAAUUUGUCUCUUUAACAGGAACAAUACUAUGACGCACAGAGAGGCACAGGUUAUUAUGAAUCGCCUAAAGACGGUUCAGAGAAACACUAAUUGUAAAAUGCCCUCUCAAUCAAAUGAGAAAUCUUGUGGCCCUAGAAUGGAGGAAAAUAUCUGCCUUACAGAUCAGCUAACAGGUGAUGAUUGCCAAGAAGCAAUCUCACUGCUUAAACACAGCACUGAUCGUGAUAUCAUCUUCUGGAAGAUGAAAGAAACCUUUCAGUACCGUCAGGAGAUUGUAAAGGACCCAAAGUCGUCCACUUCCAUCUUUCACAUUUUUCCUCGAUUCCGGGACACCAAGGGUCUGAUACAUCAAGACGUUGUUUUGAUGUUUGGCCUGGAAACAGCCUCCAGAUUUUUGGAGAAGUGGAAUACCUCCUUCAAGGAAAAUGUGAUUAAGCAGGCAAAAACUCUAAAUCCAUCUGCAUUCCUGCUACAGCUACUGAAAUCUGCUGAAAAAAUCAACGGAGACAACAGUAAUGAAGAAUGGGAUAGUGACAUAGCAUCCCUGCUUUUGCUGUUACACCUCCUUGCACCCCAACCUUCUGGAAGGAAGCGAGCAGCCAAGAUUAGUGUGAGAGAUGCUGUUGGUCGCCUCCUGAAAUUUGAAAAGUCCUGCAGAAGUUUGGAGGACCAUCUCUCAGAGGUGGAGGACAGACAACCCUAUCUUCUGGCCACUGGACAAACCAAAGCAGAUGCACUUAAAUUCUACAUUGUGGUCAACAAGAAUCUCAUACCCUGUCAAGCAAGUACUUCACUUGUAGCUUUUGAUGAGCUUUUUAAAGCUCAUUAUGUCUUUGGUGCACAAUAUGACCCAUCUCUCAGCAACAUGUUCACCUUUAUCCAGACAACAAUCUACAAAAUCCAUCCUAGCACGUCCAGCCAAUCAUCACGCACUCGAGAGCUGAGAGCGAAACUGUUAAACAGUUCAAUGGAAAGUACACAAUGAGAAGAUGUUUCAUUUGUAAGUCUUUGCUGGGUACAAGCA